AUGUCCAGUUCAUCUCCCAAUCGACCUUCGCCUGAAACUGAUAAACCUAUCGUGAAACGCGCCCCUGGAGCGUGUGCGGAGUGUAGACGCAAAAGGGGCGAUAAGGCUACACGAGCUGGUUCUAAAUGUACGAAUUGCGCUAUUGCGGACGUUGAAUGUGUUUCUGUUGCAUCUCAGAAACCACUGCUACAAAGACAACGAGAAUAUAUCCGCAUAUUGGAAACAAGAGUUAACAGGCUAGAAAAUUACAUACAAGCUCUUUUUCCAGGAGAAGAUAUUGAAACAGUCAUCAGCAAGCCGCCACCCACCGAUAAAGAUCGUGUUGCUUCUCAUAGCUCGUCUCCUCUGGUCAAAGAAUCUCUGGUUAAGAAAGAUCAUGUAAGUGGAGGUGAUCCUCCAGAGUCUUUAGGCUUGGCCGAUGAAGAAGACAUCGAGCAUGUCGCUCUUGUCAAGCAACUUGGGUCUUUGAAUUUGACUCCAAGCGUCAUAUAUCGAUUCUUUGGAGCUGCCAGCCCGUUCAUGGCAGCGAAGCAAGCUGCUACUUUGAAAAGUAUGCAUACUGGCAUACCUGAUACAGGAGUCCACCCCAAAAAUUACAGAAGACCGUUGUACUGGGGUAUGAGCUCUUGGGAAUCUGAAUGGGUAACAUCACCUCCAGCACCUUAUAUUUACCCAGAUUUCGAUCUCAUGCUCGACUUAGUCCAAAUCUACUUUCAAAAAACUAACAGUCUCUUCCCUAUUAUUCACGAACCGACGUUCAUGAAAGGCAUUAUGUCUGGUAAACACUACGGGGACCAAUCGUUUGGCAUGACAGUCCUUCUAGUCUGCGCGAAUGGGGCAAGAUACUCCAAGGAUCCUCGAGUUAUUUUCGCACCAGAUGCGGCGGGCUCGGAGUUUUCUGCAGGCUGGCACUAUUUCUCCCAGGUACCGUUCCAUCGACGGAUCAUGCUGUAUACCCCUACUGUGUACGAUCUGCAGUACUAUGCCUUGGCUGCCGUCUACCUCACUGGCUCGUCCAUGUGCCCCGUGAGCUGCAACCUCGUCGGGAUAGGGCUACGAUACGCCAUUGAGAUGGGUGCACACCGUCGAAACGGCCAGGAUCGCCCCACGGCAGAUACGGAGCAUAUGAAACGCGCGUUUUGGGCGCUUUUCUGCUUGGACUCUAUAGAUAGCUCGUUCUACGGUCGGCCAUCGGGCAUCUCGCAUGAAUCUAUUGAUAUCGAAUAUCCCGUUGAGUGUGACGAUGAGUAUUGGGAGCAUCCGAACCCCGCGAAGGCGUUCAAACAGCCAGCAGGGAUACCGUGUAAAAUUUCAAGCUUUAUUCAUCUAAUCAAGUUGUGCGAGGUUCUUGGAUUUGCGUCGAGAACAUUGUACUCCACGUAUAAAUCGAAAUUGCUAUCGGGAUAUCUGGGGGGUGACUGGGAGAUACGCAUGGUAGCCGAAAUUGACUCGUCGCUCAACAAGUGGAAGCUGUCACUACCGGCGCAUUUGGUCUGGGACCCCCACCGGGAGGAUAUGUUGCAUUUCCAACAAUCGGCCCAUUUACACUACUUGCUUGCCUACAUACAGAUCCAGUCUCACCGUCUCUUUUUGACAAGACAAUCAUCCCUGUCGUUUGCGUCUCUCGCAAUGUGUACGAGCGCUGCAAGGUCAUGUGGCCAUAUUCAAGAAGCUGCUAUCGCGAGAGAUCUCCGAAUUCUCCCACAGACCAUCGUUCGUCAAGAUCACCCCUUCAAGAUCGUCUGCCACUGA